GCCAAAUAUUUGAAGGGCAAACUCUGUGAGGACAUAUUACUAAACAAGUACCAUGGUACACUGCACCAGGGUCAGUUUGUUCAGCUGUUUACUGACCAUUGCAUCUAUAACCGGGCUUUCCAGUACGGACAGUAUACUCGGACAAUGUCAGACGGCCGAGGGCAUAUACAACUGUUCGGGGAUAGGGCUCGAGGAUAUUCCAACUGGCAUCCAUAUCCCCACCCCAACCACAAUCAUAGAUCUCCAUGGCAACCACAUAAGCAACAUCACCUAUCUUGACUACGGAUCUUUGACUGCACUGGAUACGUUAGACCUUUCUGACAACCAGAUUUCAAUACUGGAACCAAACGCUUUAAUGAAAUUAAAAGGUCUUAAAGUACUUGAUCUAUCAAAAAAUUAUCUGCAAGGUUCAGGGAUGGAAGAACACAUGUUUAUGGAUUUAAGGAAGUUGAAAGAGCUUCGAUUGAAAAGGAACCCAUUAAAGAUUUUGAGAGCAGAUUUGUUAAACUAUUUUGAACUACCGUCGCUUCAAAUUCUGGACUUAUCCUAUUGUGAAUUGGAAACAUUAGAAGCGAGUUCUAUAGAUCUGCCUUCUUUGAUUUCACUAAAUCUCAGUUGGAACAAACUGACAGAAAUCAACAGAAGAGCGUUAAGAAUGCUCAAUGAUUUGAAAACCCUUGACAUGAGCCAUAACUUGAUCAAGGUGUUUGAUACCGUGCCUCAUUUGCCCGAGCUCCAGACUUGGUACUUGGAUAGCAACCUCAUAGAAACCGUCCACGUAGGCGACCAUAUUUGGACUUAUGCGGAAUCUUUACAGAACCUUUAUAUGAGGAAUAACCAAAUUAUGCGAUUUGCUCCGGGCGACCUUCCACUUGACCUUGGCACUUUGAAAGUCCUUGACCUCAGCAACAAUGAAAUUCACUGUGACUGUCGCAUGAAGUGGAUCGCUUCUGCAGUUGUCGAAGAUAAAGCAAACAGAGACAUUGUUUUAAAGUGUCGCUACCUCUCAAGAGUUAAUGGCAAAGAUUUACUUUCUCUACCCGAAGAAGAGCUGAAUUGCAAUAUUCCACCAGGAAAAAUAAUAUUCAUCGUCUCCAUGGCAGCAAUUGUAGCCGUUUGUGUAGGGCUGAUAGCCUUCUUCGUGGUUAGAUCAAUACGGAGACGGUUCAAGAUUCGGCGAGCAACGAAAAGCGACAACAAGGGGGAUUAUUCGGCGGUGUACACGAAAGAAGACGAAGAUAUCCAAGUGACAAUGUCGGACUCGCGAGGACUGCUGGUCAACAAAUCGGAAUUUGAUGUUUAGCUUACCUCUUAAUGUUUAUGAUGACAUUGGCGAAAUAAAAGGCGACUCUCUCACAUCAUUCUUGAUAGCGAUUGUUUUCCGCGAAGUAUGUUAAAGUUGAGUAAUGUUUUGAUUUUCAAUAAAUCAAAAACAAUUA